CCACCACCACCUCUUGCACGGUGAGAUGAGCAACAAUGAAGAUCGGCGGAGAGAAGAACGGCGCUGAUGACACCAUCAGCGGAGAGGUCAAAGCAAAGCUUGCAGCUCUCUCCAAAUCCACCGAAGUAAUGCUGUAACGAAAGAGGAAAACCAAAGAAACGUAUUUAAACGAGAGAGAGAGGGAAAAAAGGGGGCAAUCGUUGAGAGAUCGUCAUAUAUUUUCAUCUUUUUUAUCACUUCGGUUUAUAUUAUUAUUCCAUGGCUGAUUCUAACAAAAACCCAGGGACCGCAGACGGAUGCUGCUCUUCUUCUGCAAUCCCUAAGAAAUCGAAUAAUCGGGAUCCUCCCCACUACCAAAAGCAGGCCCGUAGUUCUAUGGAUCCCCAAACUUAUCAGCUAAUUGAACAUGUCCUUGUUGAUCAGUCUCUACCGGCUGAGGCUAGAAUUGCUGCACCAGAAAAAAGUCUCACUUUAUUCAAUCUUCAAGAAUACAUAGACAGGACGUUGGAUGCUGUGGUUAUAGCUGAGAAGGCAGCAGAGGUGUCGACUACCGAAGGACGAUUGGGUUGUUCUGAAGUUCUGUUUGAGAAUUCUGGGAGUGCACGGACUCUUGCAGUUGAGCCAGAUAGAUUAGGAGUGUCAAGCCUAAGUAACUUCAGUUCAAUUCGAGCAAACUGUUGUGUUUAUAAAGGUAAAUGGAUCUACGAACUGAUGCUGGGUUCAAAAGGUGUGAUGCAGGUGGGCUGGUGUACCAUAAAUUGUCAGUUUUUUCAAGAGAAUGGCGUUGGAGAUACAAUAGAUUCUUAUGCCUAUGAUGGUAACAGACUUUGCAAAUGGAAUGUCAAAACUCAACGGUAUGGAGAGUCUUGGUUAACAGGUGAUGUGAUAAGUUGUGCAAUAGACUGUGACAAAGGAACCAUUACCUUUUUCCGGAAUGGGAAAUGUCUUGGAGAGGCUUUCAAUAAUGUCAGAUGUGGCCCAGGAUAUGCCUAUUUCCCUGCUGUCAGUUUAUCCAUGUCGGAAAAUGUUCGUGCUAAUUUUGGGGCAAUCCCUCUUAGAUAUCAGGUUGAAGGAUACAAACCUCUGCAAGAUCCUCCACAUUUAGAUCUUGUCCAAGCCCAAAUUUUGUUCUGUUAUUUAGAAAAUUUGUUACCUGUCAUGGUUGAAGAGGAGUCUGAACGCAAAUCCUGGUCUGCUGAGAAGAAAGAUUUACAGCCUCCAGCCCUCGGUGAUACUCGCAGCCGUCAAUGCAAUUUACUUCUAGUUGCUGCGCACUUGUUUAACAAACUUGCCACAUUAUUGAAAAGUGCCUAUAUCGUAGAAGCUUGCCUCUUAAGGUUCAUGUUAAAAGUUUGUGAUGCUGAAUCUUGCCUGUCUGAACAGCCAUACAUAUCAAAAUUAUUAGACACUAUGUGGACACUUAUGCAGGAUUUUGAAUUAAAAGCUUGUCUUGAAAAUCUAAUCAUCACACUAUUAACAGCUUAUCGUUUUUCUCCAAUAACUGCCGACUUCAAAUACCCAAGAAUGUAUUUGAGUUUGACCUUGGCAAUAUUGAAGCAUUCCCAGACGCGGCACCAUCUAUUGUCCCAUGUGUUAUUUGACAAGAUUAAAUUUCCCGUCUUUCUUCACAUUAAACCCCCGGACGAUAAAGGACUUAUUGAAAUUGUGCCUACUGUUUGGUGGCCAAAAGUUAAAGAGGAAGGUACAGCAUUACAGCCACAGACUCACAAGGAAGAAGAAGACAAACAAGCUUAUCUUGCUUCAUGUGAACAACUGAAAAAUAAAAUUGAAGAAAAAAGUCCACAAGGCAAAACAUCACGGGAUUUAUUUUUGGAAAAGUUCCGAGCUUUCUUGAAAGAAAAUGCUGGUACCAGGCUACAUCCAAUCAAUACGUGCCCUUUACCUGUUAGUUUGUGUUUCUUCCAUCGACUCAUCCAAGCUUUACGAUAUUAUUGGGAUUUUUAUGCUCAACAAGACACAGUGAAAUUUUUGCCAAGUUCAGAAGCUUACAUGCCAAUAUGUGAAUUCAAGAAACCUGGCCGUGAUAACUUAGACUUUCAAAGGUGUGGUGGAUUACUAUCUCAUUUACAACGAACAUUAUCUGGGUCCUGUUUGUAUUUCUGUUGUUCAGGCAGUCGUAGUAACAGUAAUGAUUGUUUGGAGAGCAGUGUCGACCCCAGCUGUGCUGAAAUUCCUGGUGAUGCAACGUUAACAGAGUUACUUGAUGGUGUGGUCACCCUCUAUCACAUAGCGACACACAAGCAACUUGGAAAGAUGAGUGCAUUACGAGACAAUAUGAAUGAAUUUAUCAAUUCAUUAAUAGACACAGAAGAAAAAUUAGCAAAAUGUCCAGAUGAUGCUCAGGAAAUUAAAUAUGAACUAGAAAGAGCAAAAUCAGUUUUUGAAGAGAAAAUCUCAGAACUUGGACGCCAAAUGGCUUGGGUCAUAGCAGUCAUUUACUCAAAGGCAAAGCAAAUAGAUGUUGCCUGGAUAUUUCGAGUGGUUCUAAAAACUAUUGAGAAAGCAUCCGCCCACGAAAUACCUUUCCAGUUUCUUCCAGAAUUCUAUGUAGACACUUGUAUUAAUUCCUACAAUGCAUUGAAAAACUAUUUCCAUCCAACUGCAAAUUUCUUUGAUAUUCCAGAUAAUUUUGACCUGAGUCACAAAUUUGCCUUAUUCCUCACUCGGCAUUUUUCUGACAAUCGCAUUGUAAAUUCAGAUUUGCGGGACAAUAUAACACAAGCCUUGGCAUGCUUUGCUUGUUUUCCUUAUUCUCUUGAAGUCUUAGAAGAUUUACCUUUAGAGAGUAAAAAGAGCAUGAUGCACUACCUUACAGCACCUUAUGAUAAUCGGUCUUGGGCGCAGACAAACUGGAUUUUGGUCCGAAUAUGGAAGGGUUGCGGCUUUGGUUACCGGUACACACACCUCCCACAUCUUGUUCCUUCCAAACUUCAGACGACAGAAUUAGGGGUUGCAAGCCUUCAGAAGCCGUGUCCUUCGAAAGUAUUUCAAGAUCUUUUAUCUGAAAUGUUACGAGAAGAUCGUGAACGUGCCAUCCGUUUUCUUGACACAAUGCUAAGUCAACUGAAUUGGUCUUUCUCAGAAUUUAUAGCCAUUAUGCAACAGAUUCAGCAAGUAGUCAGCAAAACUGAGCCAUGGUUUAUAGAUACUCGUCAACUUAAGUUUUGUGCCACAUGCUUUCAAAUAACUAUCUCUCUUCUCCGUGUGGUUGAGAUGAUAGUCUCCAUUUCACCGGAAUUUUUUACAGAUUAUUCAAAGUCAUCAAGUGAACUUCUCCUCACCAGAUUAAUACAAUUGUUGUGCCAAAUACUAAAUAGAAUUGCAACCCGCAACGGCAUGUUCGAAAAUGUGAUUUCAUUGCCCUUACCAGGAAUGGAAGUUGUAACUCAUUAUCCAAUUGUUGCAGCAACUGUUGGAAUACUAAUUCGGUUAAUUCUUUCUCCAAAAGAUCCAGAACGGAGGGAUUCACGUGUUUGUAGCGUACUUCUCUCCGAACCCUUGUUUCAAAUAAAUUCUUUAAACUUCCUCUUGGGACAGGAUGAAUGUGCUGAGAUUGAUGUCACAACUUAUAAGAAACAGUUUAAUCUCAGAGAAAUCAGCCAAGUAAACAGCGAAGAAAUCAAACAGGUUGAAGACUUGAUAGAAUAUCUACAAAAUGAGAUUGACAAUAAGUCAAAACAACAGAAGUCUUUAAAAGAUGAAGACGUUUGUGCUAUUUGCUAUGCAAAUCCCAUCUCUGUUAUAUUUGAUCCUUGCGGUCACAAGUCAUGCCGAAACUGCAUCACUUAUCAAAUGAUGAACAAGAAGGAAUGCUUCUAUUGUAUGACUCCAGUAACAUCGGUUCGUGAUAUCGAAAGUAAUGAUGUCGAUGUAACAAGUACAGCAGCUGCCGGCAAGGCGAAACCCAGCAGCAACAACAACACGGAGAACAAGUAAAUUCACAUCUUUAACUCACCGCACCCAAGAAAUAUCACCACCAAUGCCACCAACACCGCUGUCGCCAUCUUUAGAUAAAAUUACAGAAAAUUUUAGAGAAAUAAAACUAAAGACAUUGA